UCCCAGCAGCCCCAGCGUGUGGCCCGUCAGGCCCCGCGGGACUGUGGACUGGCACCGACCGUAAUUCCCUCGCUUCCGCUGGGCAACACCGCUAGACCUGUUCGACGUUCCAAGUGAGCAGUCCUGUCUCGCAGCAUCGGUACUAGCCAUCCGUAGGAAAGGCGCUGCGGACCAGGGGGUUUUAUUCUCAUGAUGUUGAUGCAAAGCAAGACUAACAGGACAAGAAGAUUCAGCAGCUAUUUGGAGGGCAUCAUGGCUAAACUGACUGGUUCAGAAGCAAGAUAACUCUAGCCUCUGUGCUUCUCCUGUCAAAUCAGCGCCAAGGAAGACUGACCAGUUCUUGAAUUUCUAAACCAUGGACUAUGGAUCAAUGAUGUUCAAUGAUGUAUCCAUAGUCUUCUCUCAGGAAGAAUGGGAAUACCUGGACCUGGAACAGAGGCACUUGUACAGAGAUGUGAUGUUGGAGAACUACAGCAACUUGGUCUCCCUGGCGGGAUGCUUCAUUUCUAAACCAGAUGUGAUUUCCUUAUUGGAGCAAGGAAAAGAGCCCUGGAAAGUUGUGAGGAAAGGACGAAGACAAUAUUCAGAUUUGGAUACUAGGUAUGAGACCAAGAAGUUAUCUUCAGGAAAUGACAUUUAUGAAAUAAAUUUAUCCCAGUGGAAAAUAAUGGAAAGAAUUAAAAAGCAUGGCCUUAAGGGCCUCAUUUUAAAAAAUGAUUGGGAACCCAAAAGACAGUUUGAAGAAGAGGGACCUCAAGAGGGAUAUUUCAGUCAAGUAAAAAUUGCAUCUGAAAAAGUGUCCUCUUACCAGAAAUGCACGUCUGUUACUCCACAUCAGAGAAAUCAUUUUGUUGAGAAACCCUAUGAAUGUAAGGAAUGUGGGAAGGCUUUUAGAGUGCGCCAACAACUUACUUUUCAUCACAGAAUUCAUACUGGUGAAAAACCCUACAAAUGUAAGGAUUGUGGGAUGGCCUUUAGACAGACUGCACAUCUUACUCGACAUCAGAGACUUCAUUCUGGUGAAAAACUCUAUGAAUGUAAGGAAUGUGGAGAAGCUUUCAUAUGUGGCCCAGACCUUAGAGUACAUCAGAAAAUUCAUAUUGGUGAGAAGCCCUAUGAGUGUAAAGAAUGCGGGAAGGCCUUUAGAGUGCGAGGACAACUUACUCUCCACCAGAGGAUUCAUACUGGUGAGAAACCCUAUGUAUGUAAAGAAUGUGGGAAGGCCUUUAGACAGUAUGCACACCUUACUCGACAUCAGAAGCUUAAUAUGGCUGACAAACUAUAUGAAUGUAAAGAAUGCGGGAAGGCAUUUUUGUGUGGCUCUGGGCUUAGGGUACAUCACAAACUUCAUACUGGUGAGAAACCCUACGAAUGUAAGGAAUGUGGGAAGGCCUUUAGGGUGCGACAACAACUGACACUCCAUCAGAGAACCCAUACUGGUGAGAAACCCUAUGAAUGUAAAGAAUGUGGAAAGACCUUUAGUCGUGGUUAUCAUCUUAUUCUCCAUUACAGAAUUCAUACUGGUGAAAAACCUUAUGAAUGUAAGGAAUGCUGGAAGGCCUUUAGUCGUUACUCACAACUUAUUUCACAUCAGAGUAUUCACAUUGGUGUUAAACCCUAUGAUUGUAAGGAAUGUGGGAAGGCCUUUAGAUUACUCUCACAACUUACACAGCAUCAGAGUAUUCAUGUUGGUGAGAAACCCUAUAAAUGUAAGGAAUGUGGGAAGGCCUUUAGGUUGCGCCAAAAACUUACUCUACAUCAGAGUAUUCAUACUGGUGAAAAACCCUUUGAGUGUAAGGAAUGUAGGAAGGCCUUUAGACUUAAUUCAUCCCUUAUUCAACAUCUAAGAAUUCAUUCUGGUGAGAAACCCUAUGAAUGUAAGGAAUGUAAGAAGGCCUUUAGACAACAUUCACACCUUACCCAUCAUCUAAAAAUUCAUAAUGUAAAAAUAUAGGAAAGUCUUUUCAGUCCUGUGUUAUAGAACAUUCUAUGAAUAUAGUAAUUAAUCUCUUCUGCUUCAUGCAUACAACUGACUUAGCAUGAGGUUUUUAUGCCUUUAAAAGAAUGUGUUAAUUUAAUAUAUUCCACUGUCACUCAAACCAGAGACUUCAGCUCAUUUGUUUUAAAAACUAAUCCUGGGCUGGCCCGUGGCUCACUCGGGAGAGUGUGGUGCUGAUAACACCAAGGCCCCAGGUUCGGAUCCCAUAUAGGGAUGGCCGGUUCGCUCACUGGCUGAGCGUGGUGCUGACAACACCAAUCAAGGGUUAAGAUCCCCUUACCGGUCAUCUUUUAAAAACAAACAAACAAACAAACAAACAAAAAAACUAAUCCUAAUAAUAUAACAAACAUGGGAAAGGCAUUUAUCACUCUAUUCCAUCGUUUUCCUACUUGUGUUGUGUUGAACAAGACACAACUGCUCUGUGCUACAAUUUCUUCAUUUGUUAAAUGGUGAUAUAAAACUGUGGCAAAGAUAUCUGCAAAUUCUUCGUCAUGCUUUUCAUCAAGAUGUGAAAUCCAUGUCCUCUCUCUUGAAUAUGGGCAGAUAGUGACUGCUUUGUCCAGCAGAACAUAGUAGAAGUACUGCUGUGCCAGUUUCUGGACCCAGGUUUUAUGGUAGGGUUACUUCAUCCUUUGAAAUACUCUCUUAAGCCCUGAACUGUCAUGCUAAACAGUAUGGCUAAUUUGCUAAAGAGACCACAUGGAGAGGCCCUGAGACUACAUAGUGACAGAGAGGCACCCUGCUGAACUUAAGUCUUCCAGACAUGCCCACCAAGACGCUAGAAAUUUGAAAUGAAAUAGUUUUGGAUCCUGCAGACCAGCCACCAGCGGAAUGCCACUUAGUGACCUUGGUUGACACCAUAUAGAACAGAAAAGUCGACCAGCUGAGCCCUUGCUCAAAUUCCUGACCCACAAAACAAUGUUAUAAUAAAAUGGUUGUUUUAAGCUACCAAAUUUUCUAUUAUCAUCUGUAAUAUUACUCUUUUGAGAAUUUGUAUGAAAGGCUAUGGGAAUAAUGAAUGUAGAAAUGCCUUCCACCAACAUUUAUCCCUUAUUGAACCUCAGAUAUCUUAUUCUCUUUAAAUAUUGGAAGUGAGAAAAAUUUUUAAAAAUUUGUUCAUGAAAUAUAUUCUAGAUUCUACAUUCUCUGGCUGCAGCCAAUAUUUAAGUAAAAAUUAACAAAGGAAACAUAAAAGAAACUGUUUGUAAAUUUAAAGUCACCCAUGUUAUAAUUCCUGCAUUAAAUUUUUAAAAAUUACUUCAUUGUAGCUUUUUUUCAUGCUAAAUUGUCCUAUCUUUGGCCAGUGGUAAUCCCCUCAAAUUGGUUCCUGUGUGCUUUUGUUAUGACCUUUAUCACCUUUGAUAGCUUUUUUUUUCUGGCAAAAUGCGUUGAUCAGCUAUGGACCAUACUAGAGCAUUAUUGAUAAAUAAAGGGAGAGAAUGGAGCAUUUUUCUUGCCUUUCCUUUAUGAACUAUAUUUCAAGACAACCAAAAGUUUGUGAAGGAAAGUUCUUUAUUGUUAGAGAAUUCCAACCAGUAAAGGUCAAAGGAAUGAUAGAAUUCAAAAUUUACAUUUUUCUAUUUAUGAAAUAAUGGAU